AUGCGCACUUCUCGCACUUCCAGGGACACCGCGAAGGUGCUGGAGGCACUCUCACCCCCUAUCCGACGACAAACGCGUAGCUCCAAUGCGAGCGCUUUGAAAAGUUUCGCCCACAACGCAAAUGCGACUCCGACCGUCAAGACAGAGCCGAAGACAGAAGAUGUCUCGGUAACGCCCGGUCUGUGUCCCAUCAAGAGCGAUGAUGAAUCUUCCCUUUCCGAGGCCGACACAGCCGAUAUCGAAGACCUCCUUGAACCGCCGUUGAAGCGCCGAAAGCGUAGCGCGAGCCCCCUAAACCCGCGAGCCCUCAAGCAAAGUUCAAGUCCUCGAAUACAACGCAAACCCAUUGUGAAGGAUGAGCCCGACCAGAAACCAACCGUGACACCCAAACAAAGACGAGUCCCGGCCCGAACAAUCCACGACAACGACGGCUCGGUUAAAGUUGAGCCGCCGUCCAACUGGGAGGCGAUGUACGAGAUCGUGAAAAAGAUGAGGGCAGACAACCCGACUGCACCGGUAGACACAAUGGGCUGCUCGGAGCUAUACUGGCGGGCAUCAUCAUUAAUAGACCGUCGAUUCCAGACCCUUAUCGCGUUGAUGCUCUCAUCCCAGACGAAAGACACGGUCACAGCGGUAGCAAUGCAGCGUCUUCACACGGAACUCGGAGACGACACUGCGCUGGCUGAAGAUAUCAAAAUCAAACAAGAAGACGAGGAUUCAAAACCUGUCGACAGUACCCUGAACCUAACCAACAUCCUAGCGGUGGAGCCAACGCGACUAAACGAACUAAUCCACACAGUCGGCUUCCACAACAAUAAAACAAAAUACAUCAAAGCUACCGCGCUGAUCCUGCGAGACCAGCAUAACGGCGAUAUCCCCUCCACGCCGGAAGGCCUCAUGGCGCUCCCCGGCGUAGGACCCAAAAUGGCCUACCUCUGUUUGAGCGCGGCAUGGGGCAAACACAUGGGGAUUGGUGUUGAUGUGCAUGUUCAUCGUAUUACCAACCUCUGGGGUUGGAAUAAGACUAAAACCCCCGAGGAGACGAGAAAAGCGCUCCAAUCGUGGUUGCCGCUCGAGAAGUGGCAUGAGAUUAAUAAGUUGCUUGUUGGCCUCGGACAAACGGUUUGUCUGCCCGUUAAGCGUCGCUGUGGGGAUUGUGAUCUGGCUGGCUUGCGACUUUGUAAGAGUGAGAUUCGAGGGCUUGAGCCGACGAUGCUGAAGGUUAAGAAGAGUCCUGAGAUCGAUGAGCCCAAGGUCAAGAUUGAGGCUUCUUGA